AGAAAAUUGCCCACUCUUUGAAAAAACAUCAGCAUUCAGUCGUCGUUUAAAAUCUUCAAAACUAGACGAACUCCAUUGAUGUUUGCAGCCUGAGUUUUCCCGGAGUUUCCCAACUCGAUGCUUCCUACUAGAAAUUGAUUACCCACAAAAAUGGCGCGGAAAACGCGAUCCAAAGCAACCAAGUUACAAUUAGUAUGGCCAUUCUUCUUCAUACUCUUCAUCCAUUGCCUCGCAAUCUUCCUCUUCACUCGAGGGUUUCUUCUCACUCGCACUGAACUCCCUCAUUUCAGCAAUUGCUCUGAUGUUUCUCACUCUCCUUGCUUCGAUUCUUCAUCAAUCGAUUCGUCUACGUCUCCGUCGUCGUUUUCGUCCUCGGCUCCUGCUCAAGAGAGUAAUGCGACUUGCUGGACUAAACCGGCCGUCGACCGCCUCGUCAUUAUCGUAUUCGAUGCCUUGAGGUUUGAUUUUGUUGCGCCGAGUAGCUUUUUUCCAGAGAAGAAACCAUGGAUGGACAAGUUAAAAGCAAUACAAAAGCUGGCAGCUGAGGCGGGGUCAUCAGCCAGGAUUUUCAAAGCCAUCGCUGAUCCACCUACAACUAGUUUACAACGUUUGAAGGGCUUGACAACUGGCGGAUUACCAACUUUCAUAGAUGUGGGAAAUAGUUUUGGUGCUCCUGCGAUCGUUGAGGAUAACUUUAUUCACCAGUUAGUGGAAAAUGGAAAGCGAGUUGUAAUGAUGGGCGAUGAUACAUGGUUGCAACUGUUUCCUCACCAUUUUGAGAAAUCCUUCCCCUAUCCUUCCUUCAAUGUUAAAGAUCUGGAUACGGUUGACAAUGGGUGUAUCGAGCACCUGAUACCAUCACUUCAUGAUGGGAAUUGGGAUGUGCUGAUUGCACACUUCCUUGGAGUGGAUCAUGCUGGGCAUAUUUUUGGGGUCAAUACGAUGCCUAUGAUACAGAAGUUGGAGCAGUAUAACAGUAUAGUGGAGGAAGUUGUUGAAGCAUUAACGAGCCAAUCUGAACCAGGUGGCCUCCAUGAGAAUACACUUUUGGUUGUGAUGGGUGAUCAUGGCCAAACACUGAAUGGCGACCAUGGUGGUGGAAGCCCAGAGGAGGUUGAAACAUCAAUCUUCGCCAUGAGUUUCAAGAAUGCCACAUUUUCAUUGCCACCUGAGCUUGAUUCAGUUUCUUGUGGAUUAAAUGCGGAUGCAAAGCCUCUAUGCGUUGGCACUGUUGAGCAGCUUGAUUUUGCAGUAACUAUGUCGGCAAUGCUCGGUGUACCUUUUCCGUUCGGAAGUAUCGGGCGCGUAAAUCCACAAUUGUAUUCUCUAGGUGCUGGUGAUUUUCUUUCUCAAGGUAUUCAGGUGGAAGGUCAUGAGAAUGACUCAAACAUAAUGAGAUGGAUGCAACCUUAUGUUAAUGCUCUUUGCGUCAAUGCUUGGCAGGUGAAGAGAUAUAUUGAUGUGUACUCAGCUUCAUCUGUCAUUGGAUUCCCUUCUGAGGAUUUGUUGCAUGUGGCAGAGAUGUAUUCUGUAGCACAGGAGAACUGGAUGCAUGUUGUGAAAGGUUCACUGUCCCACAUGAAUGAAAGUUGUCCUUCAUCAUUCUCUGCGAUUAAGAAGCAGAUUGACAUGUAUGCACAAUUUCUUGACAGUGUUAUUGGGCUUGCUCGCUCCAAAUGGACGGAGUUUAAUCUGAAGCUCAUGGUGGUUGGCUUGAGCAUUAUCUUUCUUUCACUUCUUGUACAAGUAGUGGCUAUCAAGAGAGUGGACACGUUUUAUGAGUCUUCUCUGUCUACUAGAUGUCCUCAGGCUUCUGUUGGUUUAGUUUUUUCAAUGUUCGCAGUCAUCAUAAGAGCGAGCAGUUUCCUUUCAAAUAGUUUUAUAUUGGAAGAAGGGAAAGUUGCCUUAUUUUUCUUGGGUACAUCUGUCAUCUUCGAGUUGCGCAAUUCAUUUAAGAAGGCAAAUAUGCUAUUAGAAACAGCUUCAUUAUUACUGUUGGUCACUGCACUCAGAUUUAUAAUGGAAUCUGGGCUAUCAAAGCAGGCUACUAACUUGUCUAGUAUAUCAUCAAUUCUUGGGAUUGCGCGUGAUCAUCCGUUUUGGAUCUAUCUAUCUUCAAUUGUGUCUAUGCUGGCUCUGUUUUCGUUAGCAUAUCUGUUGCUCAAAUACAUUCGCAGUAACUCUUGUCAGAGGGUCCAAAAGUAUGUUAUUUCAGGAAGCAUCUUGUGUUAUGCACUGAUUGCAUCACACUGGAUCCUGGAUAGUGAACUUCUAAAUCUUUCUGUCACACUUCAAUAUAUUGGAAGAAGUCACAUUCCUCGGGUAAUAUAUGCUGUUGGGAUCGUCCAACUGGUGGUUUUAGUUAUAAAUCAGUUGUUGAUUAGAAAGAGGACCCUGUAUCAUCAAAAUGACCUUGCUAGUAGGACAAUUGCUAUGUUAAGUGCAUGGAGCUCUGCAAUCAUACUGCUGUCUGGGAAACAAGGAUCUGUUGUUGCUUUAACAACUGUUGGCGCAGCAUAUUGCAUCUUCAGAUUGGAGAACUUGUGGCAAGCUGCUACAGAUGGCACUUCGAGCAAUAUUUCUUUCUAUUCUCUUCCUACAACUCAGUGGAGCCUUCUUGCAGUUGUUCUCUUUUUCUGCAGUGGUCACUGGUGUGCGUUUGAUGGCCUUCGAUAUGGUGCAGCAUUUGUAGGGUUUGAUGAGUUCAAGCUUGUGAGACAAGCAAUUCUUCUAGCUAUUGACACAUUUGGUUUUUCUCACCUCCUGCCAAUAUUUGGUCUUCCCCUUCUGGUUUCUCAAAGACAUUCGAUUAAUCAGAAAAAGGAAACCAAACUCUCCUUAUCAGCGCAAUUAUCUCAGAUAUAUUUGAUAUAUGGAUUUAUCGUCACCAGUUCAGUUGCCUGUAUGGUGCUAUGUGUUACAAUACAAAGACGGCAUUUGAUGGUAUGGGGAUUGUUUGCUCCAAAAUAUGUUUUUGAUGUGGUGGGACUUAUCCUCACAGAUUUCCUUAUUUGUUUGGGAGCGCUGUACUAUAUAGACCCUGUAGAAGAUGACUCCAAGCAGAACUGAGUUUCUUGAAAAUGUCUGGGAACUCUGUCAUGCGAGGCAAGUCGCCGUGAUCAUUUUCUGACUAUCUUGUUCAUUCUUUUCACACUUGUAGAUUAGUUACUGAUACAGGCAUUAGGUUUAUAAAUUAGCACCAGAGAUAAUGAUUAUCUUAAAAACUAUGGCUGUGAUCCAUAUUUAAGCUGUUACAAUUGCUAUGUUGCUAAAAAUAAUAUUGGAGUAUUUUGUAUUUGUUGUUUGGGAAAGAGAUGGCAAUGUUGGCAGUAUGCUUUUCAAGGGCCUGAUUACAA